AUGCCCAUGCUCAAGGACCCCUCCAAAAAGUACAAGAGGUUCCCUCCUCUGAACCUCCCAGACCGUCAAUGGCCGUCCAAGACAAUCGGCAAGGCCCCGCGAUGGCUAGCCACGGACCUGCGAGAUGGCAACCAGAGCUUGGUCGAUCCCAUGAAUGGCGAACAAAAGUUUGAAUACUUCAAAAUGCUGUGCGAGCUGGGCUACAAGGAAAUCGAAGUCUCGUUUCCUUCCGCGUCGCAAACCGACUUUGACUUCACGAGACGCCUGAUCGAGACAUCUGGAGUUAUUCCCGACGAUGUGUGGCUGCAAGUUCUGUCGCCCUGCCGCGAGGACCUCAUUAAACGCACGGUAGAGUCGGUCAAGGGCGCUAAAAAGGCUGUGAUUCACAUAUAUCUCGCCACUAGCGAGUGCUUUCGGAGAAUCGUCUUCGGUUUCACCGAGGAGGAAAGUCUUGCACUCGCUGCCAAGUGCGCGGCCUUGGUCAGGUCCCUGACCAAAGACGACCCGUCCCAGGCGGGAACAGAAUGGCAGUUCGAGUUCAGUCCCGAGACCUUCUCCGAUACCAGCGCCGAGUACGUGAUCAAGGUUUGCGAGGCAGUCAAGGCAGCAUGGGGACCUUCGGAGGAGCACCCCAUCAUCUUCAAUCUCCCCGCUACUGUGGAGAUGUCAACCCCCAACGUCUACGCCGAUCAGAUCGAGUACUUCUGCCGCAAUAUCACUGAACGCGAGAAGAUUUGCGUCUCUCUUCAUCCUCACAACGACCGUGGCUGCGCGGUAGCCGCAGCCGAGCUGGCUCAGAUGGCAGGAGCCGACAGAGUAGAGGGGUGUCUGUUCGGCAAUGGAGAGCGGACCGGAAACGUUGACCUUGUCACGCUUGCUUUGAACCUCUACACUCAGGGAGUCUCUCCGAACAUCGACUUCUCAGAUCUUAACAAAGUAAUUAAGGUGGUAGAGGCAUGCAAUAAGAUUGAGGUGCAUCCUCGAGCGCCAUAUGGCGGGUCCCUGGUUGUGUGUGCAUUCAGUGGCUCUCACCAGGACGCCAUCAAGAAGGGGUUCCAGCUACGCGAAAGGGAAGGGAAGGGCUACGACGAAUACUGGCAAGUCCCCUAUCUCCCGCUUGAUCCUAAGGACAUCGGUCGGGACUACCAGGCCGUUAUCCGAGUUAAUUCACAGAGCGGAAAGGGAGGUGCGGCCUGGAUUAUCCAGCAACACCUAUACCUCGACUUGCCGCGUGGCCUGCAAGUCGCCUUCAGCAGAGUCGUGCAGAAGAUGGCGGACGAAAAGGGGCGCGAACUGCUUCCUACGGAGAUCACGGAGCUAUUCCGGCAAACAUACUCCCUUAACAGGAAUCCUCGCUUUGGUAUCGUGGACUACGCUAUCGCCCCAGAUCGGUCCAGCUCGCCUGCGCCCCCGGCGCCGGGCAAGACCCAGGAUACCAAGAACCUCACGAGAGUUUUUGAAGGCGUUGUCUCGAUCGAUGGAAUCGAGCACAAGCUCAGAGGACGCGGCAAUGGGCCCAUCUCCAGCCUAGCCAACGCUCUCCGGACGGUCGGUAUUGAUCUCGACGUCCAGGACUACAAGGAGCAUGCUGUUGGGCGCGGCCGUGAGGUCAAGGCUGCUACAUAUAUCGAAUGCACAGCGGCAGGGACCGACGAGAAGGUUUGGGGCGUAGGACUUCAUGAAGAUGUCGUGCAGAGUUCCCUGAGUGCUUUGUUGAGUGCCGCCAGCAAUUUUGUUCUGAGCCGCCAGGGCAGCCCGAUCGUCCCUCGCCCGAGUUCUCCGCAAACACUAAGCGGGAACCACGACCUCAAACCGCUUGAUGGAAUUAACGGAACCAACGGAAUCGUAAAGAUUCCUCAAAUCAUCCAGACCCUGGAGGAGCAUGCAGAAAAGUUGUGA